GUGAGCUAGCAGCGCUAGCGCCCACAUUUUGCGACUGCUCAGCUUGCAUCAUCUGUCGUCCACCGGCUGGAGCCUUUCACUGUGCUCCUCGGCUCAUCCCCCCGUGUGUAGCUCCAAAACAUGGCGGCCCUCAAAGCUUUGUGCAGAGCGGAGAAUUUAUUCUUCAAAAACUUCUCAGGUCCCUGCAGAACCAAAUUAAACCUCGCUAACCACCAAUUGAGCAAGACCUGUGGGUGUUACUUUUCCACCUCCAGCCAGAGAAGUUCAAAUUUCUACUCAGAUCCUACAGAGGCAGUAAAAGAUAUCCCUGAUGGAGCUACCAUUCUGGUGGGAGGCUUUGGAUUAUGUGGUAUCCCAGAGAAUCUUAUCAACAGUUUACUGAAGACCGGUGUUAAGGGUCUCACUGCAGUCAGCAACAAUGCAGGAGUGGAUAACUUUGGCCUGGGCCUGCUGCUCCAGACUAAGCAGAUCAAGAGGAUGAUCUCCUCAUAUGUUGGAGAGAAUGCCGAGUUUGAGCGACAGUAUCUGGCAGGGGAGUUGGAAGUGGAACUGACACCACAGGGCACUCUUGCAGAGAGGAUCAGGGCCGGGGGUGCUGGGAUUCCAGCCUUCUUCACAGCCACUGGCUAUGGCACACUGAUCCAAGAGGGAGGCUCUCCCAUCAAGUACAACAAAGAUGGCAGCAUUGCCAUUGCCAGUGAGAAGAGAGAGGUGAAAGAGUUCAGUGGCAGGCACUACAUCAUGGAAAAAGCCAUCACUGGAGACUUUGCAUUGAUCAAGGCAUGGAAGGCUGACAAAGCUGGAAACAUUGUUUUCAGAAAAACAGCAAGGAACUUCAAUCAGCCCAUGUGCAAGGCAGCCAAAACCACCAUAGUUGAGGUGGAGGAGGUGGUGGAUGUUGGGACCUUUGCUGAAGAGGACAUCCACAUACCCAGUAUCUACGUCCACAGGGUUGUCAAGGGAGCCAGCUACGAGAAGAGGAUUGAGAAACGCACGGUAAGGAAAAACCAAGAACAGAAGCCCAAGCCGAAGAAGGACUCGGAUAUUGUUCGGGAAAGGAUCAUUCGCCGGGCUGCUCUGGAGUUUGAGGAUGGGAUGUAUGCUAACCUGGGUAUUGGUAUCCCUAUGUUGGCCAGCAACUUUAUAAAACCAGACAUCACCGUACACCUUCAAAGUGAAAAUGGAAUUCUGGGACUGGGCCCGUACCCCACUGAGGAUGCAGUGGAUGCAGACCUGAUUAAUGCUGGAAAGGAGACUGUCACUGUGCUUCCUGGGGCUGCAUAUUUCUCCAGUGAUGAGUCAUUUGCCAUGAUCCGAGGGGGGCACAUCAACUUGACAAUGCUGGGAGCCAUGCAGGUGUCAAAAUAUGGAGACCUAGCCAACUGGAUGAUUCCUGGUAAGAUGGUAAAGGGAAUGGGAGGAGCCAUGGAUUUGGUGGCUAGCGCUGGAACCAAGGUGGUAGUCACCAUGGAGCACUCAGCUAAGGGAGGAAAACAUAAGAUAUUGGACAAAUGCAGCCUGCCUUUGACAGGGAAACAGUGUGUGGAUCGUAUCAUCACAGAAAAGGCUGUGUUUGAUGUGGAUAAGACAAAAGGACUGACUCUGAUAGAAGUAUGGGAGGGGCUCACUCCUGAGGAUAUCAAGGCAUGCACUGGCACAGAUUUUGAGGUGUCUCCCAACCUGAGGGCCAUGCAACAGAUCUAGAGGAGCUUGAAAAGGAUUUGAGAUGUGUUUUUUGGUUUGUGUCACUUCAUUUCUCAGUGGUAAACAGUUGGUGAUUUAACAGCCUGAUAUGGUUCAAAUAAGCUAAUAAACCACAGAUGCUUUGGUUCAGUUCCCUGGUAAUCAGCGUGCAAAUAUCAAAAGGAUUCAGUGCUGACUAAUAUUAAGUGAAUGGAAUUCAUGGGAGCUAACAUGCAUGGUUCUCUUUUGUGAUCUGACCUGACAAAUGAGUAGAGAUCAUUACAGUGUUGCCUAUUACAUGAUUAAGGUAUUAAUUGUUACUGAUAUUUGUACAGCUAAAACCAAAUAAGCCAUCUGAUUCACUUUCAAACCUGGGACAAUUCUUUAUAGGUUCUCCAAGAAAAAUGCAACUUUACUAGUACUGUGAACAAAAAUUAUACAAUAACGCAAUAAAUACUUCACCUCUUGAAUCAUAUUUACUGUAAGAUCUAAAAGUUACUAUAACAUCAUACUCAAAGCUGUAAUGAGUUUAGAAAACAAGUGUGUGCUGUAGGUUAUAUGAUUUCUCAUUCAGCAGAAGGGAGUGUGUAUUGUAUGUAGAUGUUUAAACUUGUGCUGCGCCAAGUAACAAAAACUCCUUAAAUUAUGCACUCAUUGCAAAAUAUCUUUUCUCCAUUUGGAAAAUGAGAUACAAUAUAUGUCAUAAUAAGUUGUGAUAAUCACAUCUGCCACAAUGACAAACUAUUGUAUGAACUAUGUUUUUUCUUUCAGCCUCAUAUAUUGGUUGUUGUUGAGUUUGUGGGCAUGUCAUACAUUUCAGCCAGAAAACAUGAAGCCUUAACAUUUUCUACACAGACAUUUGCUGUUCUCCCGUCUUUGUAUAUACAAUAAAAUACAACCUCGUGGGAUCAGUAGAACAAGUGGAACUUUUUUCUUUUUAAAUCUAAUCUAAAUCUUCCAAUUUCUGGAUUAAAAAAAAUCUUAAAUUUUG